GUGAAAUCUUAAACAUGGCAAAACAAUUGACAGAUCAAAUAUUGGAAUAUUUAGAUCACCACGAAGAAGUAAAUUCUCUGCAUUUGGCUGAAAUUUUUAAGGAAAAUCAUCAAAAAGUUAUUGGAGCCAUUAAAAGUCUCGAAGCACUUAGUGACUUGAUUACCACUAAACAAAUUAGUGAUAAAAAGUGGGAAUUAACAUCGGAAGGUCAGCAUGUAGUGAGUUAUGGCAGUCAUGAAGCAAUAAUCUAUAAUGCAAUUCCAGAUGAUGGAAUAUCUCAAUCUGAAAUUAUGCAAUCAGUUCCUUUUGCAAAAAUUGGAUUUUCUAAAGCAUUACAGGCUGGGUGGAUAACAAUUGAUAAAAGCAGUGGUAUUCCUGUUGUAAAAAAGAAAAUAGCUUCCAUCAUAGAUGUUACCCAGAAUGAUUUAAUGGAUCUUACAAAUUUAACAGAUCGCAUUAGAAAUGAGUAUAAAAAAAGAAAAUUGAUUCAAGAGACGGUUGUUAAAUUUAUACAGUUGGAAAAAGGCCCAAAUUUUACUACAACAAUUGAAAAACAAGAAACAGAAUUGACUGCUGAUUUAUUAGUAAAUGAUGCAUGGAAAGAUAAGAAAUUUAAACCAUAUAAUUUUGAAGCAUUUGGUACCACUCUUGAUGUGGGACAUUUACAUCCACUAUUAAAAGUUAGAAGUGAAUUUAGAAAAAUUUUCUUGGAAAUGGGAUUUACUGAGAUGCCAACAAAUAAUUAUGUUGAAAGUUCUUUUUGGAAUUUUGAUGCAUUAUUUCAACCUCAACAACAUCCAGCAAGAGAUGCACAUGAUACUUUUUUUAUAGCUGAUCCAUCUCAUAGUACAAAUUUUAAUAUGGAAUAUAUGGACAAGGUAAAAAAGGUUCAUAGCGAAGGAGGCUAUGGAUCGUUAGGUUACCGAUACGAUUGGAAAAUCGAAGAAGCACAAAAAAAUGUUCUUCGAACUCAUACAACUGCUGUCAGUGCACGAAUGCUUUACAAACUUACGCAGGAGGGUGAGUUUAAACCAGUGAAAUAUUUCAGUAUUGAUCGGGUAUUUCGCAAUGAAACUUUGGAUGCUACACAUCUAGCUGAAUUUCACCAAAUUGAAGGUGUAAUUGCUGAUUACAAUCUUACAUUAGGUGACUUAAUAGGAGUUUUGUAUGAAUUUUUUAAGAAACUUGGUAUUACACAGCUUCAGUUUAAACCUGCAUACAAUCCAUACACUGAACCAAGUAUGGAGAUUUUUUGUUUCCAUGAAGGUUUGGAAAAAUGGAUAGAAAUUGGUAAUAGUGGAAUGUUUCGACCGGAAAUGCUUUUACCAAUGGGAUUACCUGAAGAUGUACGUGUAAUUGCUUGGGGACUAUCUUUAGAAAGGCCAACUAUGAUUAAGUAUGGGAUAAACAAUAUACGAGAUUUAGUUGGACCAAAAGUGGAUUUGGAAAUGGUUUAUAAUAAUCCUAUUUGUCGUUUAAACAAGACUAGUCACAAUUCUUUUCAAAGAAAGGAACUUGAAGACAAGAAACAAGAAUUAGACAAGCUUGAAAAUAAAUCGUAUGCAUUUAAAUGUGCAGGAAAAUUAAAGAAGCAAAAACUCGUCGUAUUUUGUAAUCCAAAAUAUCCAAUUAAGUUUAUAGAAUCUUUAUUUCGUCAUGUAAAUUCUUAUAUCAAAGUUUUUGUGAUAUCUCAUGUACAUUCCAGUAUACAAUAUUUUCCAAAUCAUUUAUUAAAUUUUUGUUCAGAAUAUCGUAAUGAAGAUCAAAAUAGUGAUAUUCAUUUAACAAUAAUUUGGAAACAAAUUGGGAUUGAUCCUAUAAUGCAGUUACCAGGAAUGCACGAAAUAAUAGGCGAAAUAAAUGUGGCGCGUUAUUUAAAUCGCUUAAUUGAAUGUUAUUAUCCAUCUGCUCUGCAUUAUGAAAGUAAAGGUGCCCUGUACGCAAAUCAAAUAGAUAAUCAUUUAGAAAAAAUACAUAGAUUUUUACAUACUAAUACGUAUGAACCUAUUUAUAAAAAAUCACGGUAUGUAAUGGGCGAGGAUAUAUCUAUUGUAGAUAUUUUAUUAGAAUUCUCCGAAAAAUGUAAAUUAUGCAAAUAG